AUGGGCAUUGGCCUUCUAUUUGAGGCACGGCACGGCCCAAGCACGUCUUUAUUUCAGAAAGUAACCAUGACUGAGGAAAUAAUCAAUCCCAACGAGCACCUUAUUAUACCAGAUUGGAUUAAUGUGAAAUAUUUUGACAAAGUUCUUAAACAGGAUCAGCCGGAUUAUGUGGAGGUUCUUAAAUUUACUCCAGUGGCUGCCAUACCUCCUGGAGAAAACUUUACCUCUACGAUGCUGAGAAUUUAUAUUGAUCUGAAACUAAAGGAUGGCACCACUAAGACCAAAACAUAUAUUUUCAAGACCAUGUUGCCCAGUGACAGGGGCGGCAAAGAUAUGCAAGAAAUGGGUUUAUUCGACAAGGAAUUGCUGAUGUAUCAAAAGUUUCUGCCCGCUUUUGAGGACCUUUAUAAGGAAGCGGGUUGGAAUGAUAUACAAUUGGCACCCAAGUGUCUGCUUACGGAGGUACGCGAGGGAAAUAUUCACUUCAUCUUUGAGGAUUUGUGCGUGAAAAACUUCAAAAAUGUUGAUCGUAUCAAGGGUCUAGAUAUGGUUCAUAUGGAACGAGCAUUGCAUAAGCUGGCUGAAUUUCAUGCGGCAAGUGCAGUCUACGCAGAUAAGAAUGGUCCAUAUCCCAAGGAAUUUGAUUCCGGUUUUGUGGUACCGACCGAGAAAGUAAAAGAAUUUCUUUCACGAUCAUUUAAAGUAAAAGAAUUGGCCUAUCAGAAUGGCAUUAAAAGUUGUGGACUUCCGAAUACUCAGAUAGAGAAGUAUAUUAAGGAUUUCCCCAACGCAGAACAAUAUUGGGCUUUAGCACUUAGUUCUCUGGAAGUUGAUCCAAAUGAUUUUAAUGUUUUGAUUCAUGGCGAUUUCUGGUCUAGCAAUUUAAUGUGCAAUUAUCACAAGGAUGGAUCGAUAGAUCAAUUGAUUCUGGUUGACUUUCAAAUUGGAAAAUGGGGUAGCCCAGCCCAGGAUUUGUUGUUUUUUAUAAUACUUUCGGCUGCUAAUGAUAUACGUCUAAAGGAAUUUGAUAAUUUUGUAAGGAUAUACUGGGAACGUCUAGUGGAAUGCCUGAAAGUAUUGAACUUUAAGAAACCAUUACCCCAACUAAGAGAUCUGCAGGCGGCCAUGUACAAGAAAAAUAAUUCCUUUUAUGCUUUCUUUGCUUUGACCAACCACUUGCCCAUUAUUUUGUUCCCCACGGACAAGGAUAGCAAUUUGCAUUCCUUAUCGGCCGAGACUGAGGAAGCGGAAAAUCUGAGAAUGCGUCUUCUAUCAAAUCCCGCCUAUGGCAAAGUGCUUAAAGAUUUAUAUCCAUUUUUCUACAAUCGAGGCUUUUUGAACUUUGGAGACUUUGAAGAAUGAGCAAAAUAAAAAGGUUUCUUUUAACCCACUUGAUAUUUCUUAUCUGUGAAU